CUUUGAGUAUAGAAACAUAGUUUGAAGAGAAUUUUAAAAACUUAAACUAUCAAUUCUAAAAACCAUGGCUGAUAGUAAUGCCAAAGCUUUAGAAUUGCUUUUCCAGCGUCCUUUGGAACCAAUUUUCACUUCAAGGGACAAUGGCAGGACAGCUUUUGAUGUUCCCGACACUUUUAUAACUAAUAGAUACGGUGAUUCAGGACUUGAGCUUCAAAGUCGAUUUGGUGAUAGUGUUGAUAGACGGAUUCCUGUACGUGACAUAACAAAGCCAAAUCUAGAUUUCACAAUGAAAAUCAGCUUAACACAAAAUUUUGAAAUUUUCAACGAUAAACAUCAGCAAAUUGCAGGCAAACUGAUCAAGAUGUUCAUUGAUGUUAAAGAACUUGAGAACUUUAUCGCCUUGGCUGCAUAUGUUAAGGAUCGUGUCAACCCAAUGUUGUUCCAAUAUGCCUAUUCUGUAGCUAUCCAACAUCGUCCGGAUACAAAAAAUGUGUCCAUUCCUCCAAUUGCUGAACAAUUCCCGGCAAAUUUUGUUGAACCUUCAGUUUUAAGAGACGCCCGUGCUGUAGGAUCGUUGAUUCCAAAUGCUGGAGACAGGAUGAAUAUUGACAUGACACAAAAUUUUACUGCUUCGGAUUUGGAACAAGAACAACGUUUAGCCUACUUCCGUGAAGAUAUCGGAGUGAAUAUGCAUCAUUGGCAUUGGCAUUUGGUUUAUCCUGCCGAAGGACCUGACGCAAUUGUUCGCAAAGACCGUCGAGGUGAACUAUUCUACUACAUGCAUCAACAAAUUAUAGCCCGCUACAAUGUCGAACGUUUCUGCAAUGGACUCCCACGAGCAAGACUGCUAAAUAAUCUGCGUGAACCUAUUCCAGAGGGUUACUUCCCAAAAAUUUUAAGCAGUUUAAGCAAUCGUACUUUUCCAUCUCGUAUCGCUAUGCAGUCUCUUAAGAAUUUAGAACGUGAGGACAACGUAGUCGAUAUAACCGAUGUUGAGCGUUGGGCCGAUAGAAUUCAUCAAGCCAUUGAUCAAGGAUAUGUUGUUGAUCGUAACAACCGACAAAUUCCAUUGGACGAAGUUAAGGGAAUUGACAUUUUGGGAGAUAUAAUAGAAGCUUCUUCACUGUCACCGAACAGGCAGCUCUAUGGUAAUCUUCACAACAUGGGACACAACUUGAUCUCUUUGGCUCAUGACCCAGAUGCCAGGUUCAAGGAAAAUAUCGGUGUGAUGGGUGAUGUGACAACAGCUAUGAGAGAUCCAAUUUUCUACAGAUGGCAUUCGCAUAUUGACUUGAUCUUUAGGAAAUUUAAAGGACUUCUUCCAUCUUACAAUAAUUCUCAGCUUGGAUUCAGUGGAGUUAAUGUCGAUUCUUUGGAUGUCCAAAUUAGAUCGAAGGGUACAACUCCAAAUAUUCUUGCCACGUAUUGGCAAAAUUCCGACAUUGAUAUCGCUGCUGCACUAGAUUUUGGACCAAAUGGAGCCAUAUAUGCCCGAUACACACAUUUGCAACAUGCUCCAUUUGAGUAUGACAUUAAGGUCACUAAUUCUGGAGCAAAUAGAAGGGGAACGUGCAGAAUUUUCCUCUGUCCAAAAACAGAUGAGCGUGGUACAACUCUGAAGAUGGAUGAAGUCAAAAAUAUGGCAAUCGAAUUGGAUAAAUUCACUGUAACCUUGAACCCUGGUCAAAAUACCAUUAAACGCCGAUCAAAUCAAUCUUCUCUUACAAUUCCAUUUGAGCGAUCAUUCCGACGAAUCAUUCCCGAUGUAAACCGACCUCCAGAAUCUGAAGCUGAGUACCGUUUCUGUGGAUGUGGUUGGCCAGACCAUAUGCUUUUGCCAAAAGGAAAAGCUGAAGGCAUGGAAUUUGAUUUAUUCUGUAUGAUUUCGGAUUAUACCGGCGAUGAAGUUAUGCAAACAAAUGAUGAGCAAAGUGUUUGUGCCGAUGCUGAUUCAUUCUGUGGUUUAAAGGACAAAUUGUAUCCUGACAAACGUUCCAUGGGAUAUCCAUUUGAUAGAAAUAUUUCCAGUCCAAAUAUUGGUGAAUUUGUUAACCAAUAUACCAAUAUGAGGAUAACACCUAUCAAAAUUGUGUUCGCCAACAAGACUGUUAAUAGACCAAAAUCGAAUAAUGAAUUGUGGCGUAGAACAGGCCAAAGGCGCUUGGACAUCGACAUCAGAAAGCGCAAAAAGCAAUGGAUUGGUCACACACUGAGGAAACCAAACGAUGAUAUUGCGAAGCAGUCCUUUGAAUGGAAUCCUCAGGGGUCACGUUGCGUUGGAAGACCAAGAACAACGUGGAAAUCUACAGUGCUAUCGGAAGCUAACUCCCAGAGAAAGAAGUGGCCACAGUUAAGAAAAUCAUCACUUCUAGCUAUGGACAACGAUAUCAAAGCUAUGGAAUUGCUGUUCCAACGGCCAUUGGAACCAGUAUUUACCUCCAGGGAUAAUGGAAAGGCGGCUUUUGAUGUCCCCGAUAGCUUCUUCACCGAUAGAUACAGUGGUGCUGGUAUUGAACUUCAAAGUCGUUUUGGUGAUGAUGUCGAUGUUAAGAUUCCUCUUCGUGACAUUGCAAAACCAAACUUGGACUUCGCAACUCAAAUUAGCAGGAAGCAAACCUUUGACCUUUUCAGUGACAAACAUAAACGCAUCGCUGGGCAAUUGAUAAAGAUGUUCUUGGACGUUAAGGAGCGAUCGCUUUUUGUAUCGUUGGCUGCUUACGUUAAGGAUCGUAUCAAUCCAAUGUUGUUCCAGUACGCCUACACAGUAGCAGUUCAACAUCGCAAGGAUACUGCAAUGGUACCAAUUCCACCAGUUGCUGAACAAUUUCCCGGAAACUUUAUCGAACCAUCAGUGUUCAAAGAUGCUCGUGCUGAGGGAUCAUUGAUUACAAAUCCUGGAGACAGAAUGACCAUUGAUAUGUCACGAAAUUUUACUGCUUCUGAUCGUGAGGAAGAACAACGGUUGGCCUACUUCCGUGAAGACAUCGGUGUUAACAUGCAUCAUUGGCAUUGGCAUUUGGUAUAUCCUGGCGAAGGACCCGAUGAAGUUGUUCGCAAGGAUCGUCGCGGUGAACUGUUCUACUACAUGCAUCACCAAUUGUUGGCACGUUACAAUGUUGAACGAUUCUGCAAUGGUCUUUCACGAACUAGGGUACUUAGCAGUCUUCGUGACGCUAUUCCAGAAGGAUACUUCCCAAAAAUCAUCAGCAGUUUGAACAACCGCACGUAUCCCGCUCGUAUAACUGGACAAAAACUUCGCAAUGUUGAACGUGAAGAUAAUGCUAUUGAAAUUGCUGAGGUAGAACGUUGGGCUGAUAGGAUUCAUCAAGCCAUCGAUCAAGGAUAUGUCGUUGAUCGUAACAACAAACAAAUUCCAUUGGACGAAGUUAAGGGAAUUGAUAUUUUAGGAGAUAUGCUAGAAGCCUCUUCACUGACACCCAACAGACAGCUCUAUGGUAAUCUUCAUAACAUGGGACACAACUUGAUUUCGUUGGCUCAUGACCCUGAUUCAAGACAUUUAGAAGAUAUUGGUGUUAUGGGUGAUGUGACCACAGCUAUGAGAGAUCCAAUUUUCUACAGAUGGCAUUCAUUUAUUGAUCAGAUCUUCUUAAAAUUCAAGGGACUUCUUCCAGCCUAUGAUGAAUCACAGCUUGGUUUCAAUGGAGUAAAUGUAGAUGGAAUAAGUGUGCAAAUUACAUCUAAGGGUACAACUCCAAAUAUUCUGGCUACAUUUUGGCAAAAUUCUGACAUUGAUAUUGGUGCUGGGCUAGAUUUUGGACCAAAUGGAGCCAUCUUUGCGCGAUACAGCCAUUUGCAACAUGCUCCCUUUGAAUAUAAUAUUAAGGUGACAAAUACUGGAGCUAGUCGUAGGGGAACAUGCAGAAUUUUCCUCUGUCCGAAAGCAGAUGAACGUGGUGCACCUUUGAAAAUGGCUGAAGUCAAGAAUUUGGCUAUCGAAAUGGACAAGUUCACAGUUAACUUAAAACCUGGCCAAAAUACAAUCAAACGUCGAUCAAGUGAAUCAUCAGUGACAAUUCCAUUUGAACGUUCAUUCCGGCGCAUCGAUACCAAGAACCUACCUAAAGGAGAUGAUGCUUUGGCUGAAUUCCGUUUCUGUGGAUGUGGUUGGCCAGAACAUAUGCUCUUACCAAAAGGUACUGCCGAAGGUUUGGAAUUCGACUUGUUCGUUAUGAUUUCAGAUUAUACUGGUGAUGAAGUCAAACAGAUAAAUGACUCACCAAGUCCUUGUGGCGAUGCUGAAUCAUUCUGUGGCUUGAAGGACAAGUUGUAUCCAGACAAGCGUGGAAUGGGAUAUCCAUUUGAUAGGCAAAUCGCAAGUUCUAGUCUUGAGACAUUCACAAAUGCCUACACAAAUAUGGGAGCAACUCCAGUUAAGAUUGUGUACUCAAACAAGCACAUUAAUAGGAUGAAGAAGUAAAAUUGUAUGCUGCGAAUACGAAAAUGACCUGGAACGACCAAAAUGACCUAAACUAAACUAUUAUAUCUUAAUCCCUCACAACUUAACUAUGUAACAUUUUCAAUUUAAAAUAAAAAAAUUAUUUAACACUACAAAAU